ACUAUAUAUAGUGCAGUAUACAAGGGUUUGUUGACAUGGUGGUGGAUAUGUAGUAACAUAGAAUUGAUCAUUUAAAAAAUAAAUACGUCUAAAUUUAUUUUAUACGAUGGCUAUGUUCGAAGUACUAAGAAAGGAGUACAGUGAUUAUUUACAACAAUGUUUCAUAGUGCCAGAUGUUCAAACGUUUCAGAAGAAAUGUACAGCGCGGUGUACGAAUGAUGGUGAUAGAAAGGCUGCUAUUGAUCAAGCACUAAGAGACACUCUCCUUGUGAUACUAUCUGAAAAUGCAGCGAACAAUGUGCAGCUGCUCGAAACUUACAUUACAUUCUGUAUUGAAUUAUGUAAAAGAGAUUUAGCGACUGCGAGUAUGCCAGUAAUGCUACUUGGUGAUAUUUUUGAUUCAAUGACGCUCGAUAGAUGUGAACAAUUGUUUACUUUUGUUGAAAACAAUGUUGUCGUAUGGAAGGAAGAUUUAUUUUUCAGUGCUUGUAAAAAUAAUUUAUUAAGAAUGUGCAAUGAUUUACUUAGAAGACUGUCUCGAUCACAACAGACAGUGUUUUGUGGAAGAAUAUUAUUAUUCUUAGCUAAAUUUUUUCCUUUCUCUGAAAGAUCUGGUCUCAAUAUUGUUAGUGAGUUUAAUUUAGAGAAUUUCACAGAAUUUGGUUCUGAAAAAUCAGAAGGAAACGAUUUGGAACAAGUAACCAAAGAUGAAGAUAAAUCAGAGACUAAAGUGCCAAUUGAUUAUAAUUUAUAUAGAAAGUUUUGGGCACUGCAAGACUUCUUUAGAAAUCCAAAUCAGUGUUAUAGUAAAAUGUAUUGGAAAGUAUUUUCAGCACAUGCUUCUAGUGUGUUGUCAGCAUUUUCAUCUUUUAAAUUGGAAGAACAACGUACCUAUCCAUCUACAUCUAUUAAACUCGAUUCUUCAAUGGAAGGAUCUCAUAAGGAAACUCCUUAUUUUGCAAAAUACCUAACAAAUCAAAAAUUGCUGGAAUUGCAGCUAUCCGAUUCCAAUUUUAGACGAUAUGUAUUGCUGCAAUUUCUCAUUCUUUUCCAGUAUCUUAAUAGCACUGUAAAAUUUAAAGCUGAAACACACGAACUGAAGCCUGACCAAGUAGAUUGGGUAAAAGCAACCACAGAACAAGUUUACGCCUUACUGACAGAAACACCACCCGAUGGCCCAGCAUUUGCAGAAACUGUUAAAAACAUAUUGAAACGAGAGGAACAUUGGAAUGCAUGGAAAAACGAAGGUUGCCCACCGUUUAAAAAACCAGAUCAAGAUUCUAUCGAUGAGGAAGAAGUAAGAAAACCGAAAAGACCAAGGCAUAGAAUUGGAGACGUUAUUAGAGAAGCUCAAGCAGUAGGAAAAUAUCAUAUGGGAAAUCCAGAACUUACGAAAUUAUGGAAUUUAUGUCCUAAUAAUCUGGAAGCUUGUAAAUCUAAAGACAGAGAUUUCCUUCCAUCUUUAGAAACAUAUUUUGAAGAAGCUAUUAUGCAAUUAGAUCCUAGUGCAAUGGUGGAUGACGAGUACAAAAAAGUUAACGAUGGAAACUUCGGUUGGAGAGCGUUGAGAUUAUUAGCUAGACGUAGCCCUCAUUUUUUUGUUCAUGGAAAUUACCCCAUUAAUAAACUUCCGGAAUAUCUUGAAACAAUGAUAAAAAAAAUUGCCAAAGAUCGUCCACAAACACAAUCAGAUACAAAAUUAGAAACGGAAGAGACACCACCGCCAGAAGCAAACGAUCAGGAAUUCUCUGAAGACGUUUUAAAGCAGGAAAGCGAACAAGUCGAAUCUGAAAACGCUGACGCAAAAGCUCGAAAAUUAACGAAAGUCACACCAGAAAUGGUGGCAAAGUUAUCUGAAAUUCUAAAAGGCGAUUGGAAGAAAUUGGCAACCAAGCUUGGUUAUACAGCUGAGGAGAUAACGUUUUUCCAAGGAAAACCAACACCGUACGAACAAUGUAAAAAUAUGUUAGAAAUUUGGGCGGAGGAAGACGUAGACGCAUCUAUGGAGAACCUUGCGUACAUACUGGAAGGACUAAAGUUCACAGAAGCCCUGGCUGUUUUAAAAUCUUAAUUAUCUUUCGUAAAAAUAUAUGUAAAGAAAUGUACAUUAAAAUGUACAGUUUACGUGAAUUAAAUUUUUACAAUUUUCUUAAGGA